AUGUUCCCUGGCUGUUCGUGUGUGGUUACCAAGCAUGUGGCCAUCAUCUGCAUACGCUCGGAUCUCUCACUCACCGAUACUAUGGUGUCUAUGGAUGAGCGUGUUGUUGUCGCGUCUAUAGUAGACCAUCAGCAACACACGUUGUGUCGUGUCAUCAAUUCCUAUGUCCCGGCACAGCCUAUUGCUCGCCCAGAUUUCCUAUCCUCAUUUAUGGCUCUGCCAUUUAUUGAAGAUCUCAACUCUGAAGCUGGUCCUUGGGUGCUUGUGGGGGAUUUCAACAUGAACCUACAUCACCAUCACAUCAUUCGACAAGACCAUGUGAAACCCUGGUAUGACUGGAUCCACUCUCAUUUUAACAAUUGCUUUCCCGAAGGAUUGUCCUCUUUUAAACGCGGCAACUCUCGAUCCACAAUUGAUUAUAUCUUUGGCCACCAUUCCUUGGUUUCUCGGUUGACCAAUGCCAUGUCUCACUUUCUACCAAGCCAAUGGACAGACCAUGCAUUGAUGACCAUUGACUUAUUGCCAGCUAGACAAGAUUUUGGUCCUGGAGCAUGGCGUUUCAACCCGACCUUGCUAUCUAAUGAGAAGUUUGUAGCUCUCUUGGACCACGCCACAGAAUUAUUUCUCCAAGAGCUGCAGAAUGAAGCGACAUCACACCACGAACAAUCACCACAACACCAAUGGGAAUCAUUUAAACAUAUGCUGAAACACACAGCUCAGUGUUUCUCCAGAGGAUCUACAACCAGAGCCAACCGCAAUCUAUCAACACUACAACGUCAACGACAAAAUCUUUUAUCAGCAUUCGACCCACACAACAACCAGCCAGCCGACUCAACUAUCAGCCAGCGACUACAACAUAUUGAACAGCAAAUUGACAACUUGAUACAACAACAGACACAGCAUGCAUUAUUACGCUCCGCCACUCGAUGGCAUGACAAAGGAGAACGUAAUAAUCAGUACUUUUAUCGAGUGAUCAAAACGCGACAACAACAGCAGACGAUCCAAUCGUUAAAGAGCAUGGACAACGGGACUACUUUGACAGACUCCAGAGCUAUCAUCCAAGAAACUCGUCGCUUUUAUCAGAGGCUCUAUACACCAGAAGACAUUGAUCCGACUGCAAUAGAUCAACUACUAAACAACAUCCCGACAGAUGUCAAGUUGUCGUCCUCUGAUACCGAGGAUAUCUUAUCGUCGUUGUCAAAGCUGGAUCUUAUUGAUCUCUUGGACCAUACACCUCUAGGUAAAAGCCCGGGGCUAGAUGGAAUACCUUUUGAAGUGUAUCGCCAUCUAGCACAUAGAUCACCACCAUUUUGCUCGUUACUGCUUACUGUUAUUCGCCAGGCUUUUGAUGGCAACUUCCCGACGUCAUGGCUCGAGACACGGAUGGUCCUACUUUUCAAGAAAGGAGAUCCCGAGUUACUUGCUAACUGGAGACCCUUGUCUUUGAUCAACUCGGAUGCAAAGUUAUUCACUAAGCUCAUCGCCAACCGUAUCAACCCAAUCCUUUCCCGAAUCAUCAAUCCAUAUCAGACAGGCUUUAUGUCACAUCGUCUCAUAUCGGAUAAUGGAUGGAUCAAUCAAGUACUCAUGGCAAACGCAAGAGCUACACGGGCAUCCAACACCUCGGUAGCAGUAUUCCUGGACCAAGAAAAGGCGUAUGAUCGGGUGCACCCUGAAUAUUUGAGACGAGUCAUGACUCACUUUGGUUUUCCCACAUCGCUCAUUAACAGUCUCUCCAUGCUCUUUUUCAACACCAAGAUCCAUGUAAGUGUUAAUGGCUGGCUGGGAUCCCCCUUUAUACAAGCCAGGGGUUUACGACAAGGCGACCCGUUAUCACCACUGCUAUUCAACAUUGCUUUUGAACCUUUCUUGCGUUCAAUAUUGGCAAGUCCGCUACAAGGUGUUUCGCUGGUGCCGACCAAUAUCAGAAGCACAUAUAAAGCCCAGCCAUCAUCAGUACACUUCUACGACCAAGACGACAAUGAACAAUUGGAUAUGAUCAGUGUUACGGCCAUGGAAUCACCACCAAGGAUUAAACUACUGAGUUAUGCCGAUGAUCUGGAAGUUUUCUUGGCAAGUCCGGAUGAAUGGGCCAUUUUGAGUGCUCUCUUAUUACAAUAUCGCCAAGCCUCCAAUGCCAAGGUGAACCUAAGCAAGACUGUGAUGAUGCCUCUGGACGGCACCACCAAUGAUACAUGGAUUUCUUUAGCAUCGACUUAUGGGGCCCAAUGGCAUGACUCAGCGAAUACAACCGCUUUACGUUAUCUCGGUUAUCCUUUAUUCCACAACAACUCUCAGCUUGGCAAUUACCUAGCUGACAUCAAAGGUAAAAUCAUGCGACAUGCGAAUAUACUGAAAUCUCGCCAUCUUUCGAUUCGUGGUGCUGGUAUGGUUGCCAACUCACUUUUACUAUCCAAACUCUGGCAUAUCAUGCGAGUUGUCCCGGUCCCCAAGUAUUGGUUGAAGGAAGUGAAAACUGUCGUUCGUUCUUUUUUGCUACCAUUUUGGCCUGCUCCCAGUUGGGAUACCAUGUGCUUACCACGUCGCUUUGGUGGAGUUGGUCUGGUGGAUCUGAAAGCCCAAAGCCGAGCGCUACAUUUUAUAUACCUACAACGUCUCUGUCAGCCGCUACAACGCUCUGACUUUGUCUCACAAUGGAUCAUCAAAUACUUUCAGCUUCUCACAGGACAUUCCUCUCUCCUUCCUUGGUUUCUCUUUCCAAAGCGGUUUCACCCAUGUAUGAAGAUGGAUCAGAAUAUGGCACUUCUUGGUAAGGUACUUAGCCUUCUACCCCAAUUGCCUCUCUCUUCAAGUUGGUCCAGACGAUGGUUACUAGAUCUGCCGUUACAAGCUGUCCUACUGCCUCAUGCCCAAUACCCAUCCCUGCCACUACGAUAUCUACUUUCGGAUAUUGUGAGAUGGGAUCCAAGGCGACAAUGUUUAUUGUUUCUGCAACAUCGACUAUCCCCAUCACUGACUCAAGUGGUUGACACCCUACACGAUACAAUCACCACCAAUUCACAACAUCCACUCCAUCUGAUUGACAACAUCACUAUUCACAUCCCACAUUCACUCCUAAGCUCACCCAGAUACACUUCUCAGCAGUUCCAACCCAAGUCUUUCCUCCCGUCAUUCAACCAUUGGACAAUACCAGUUUCUUCACGAAAGACGUCUUCCAUUCCGCACCUCACCUUAACACAGCUCCGUCGAAUUUGGCAUCCUUCUUGGCAACGUAUCCUCAACCGCCCUCGUCCACCGGAAAUCCCUCGCCCCAUAUCUCUCAUCUUUCCUCCAUCCUUUUGGCGACGUUUUUGGAAGCUCCCACUCCCUCAUAAGGCGAUCACUCCAUGGUGGUGUUUAUUGCAUGAAUGUGUGGGUACCAGACAGAAGUUCUACAAGUGGAAGAUCAAGGACACCACAUCACCUGAAUGCUCAAUUUGUAAGGCCGGAAACGAAGACUUAUAUCAUAUGUUCGUGGACUGUCCUAUGAAAAGACCUUUUUGGAUCGACGCUUUGGCGCACUUUCAUCUUUCCCACCUUCUACCCAACCAACAAUGCAUCUGGCACGCCCUUAUCUCUCUCAAGUCCAUCGAUCAUCGUCCUUUACCAGAACCAGUUUUGUGCCGUCUCGGUGCCAUUCUGGCAGUCUUAUGGCGUUGUCAUUGGCGGUGUAUCAUCGAGAAUGACGAUUGGUCUAACCUACAUGCUAUGAAUCUUCUUACAUCAGAUAUCCUAUACUCCUCUUUUGUACCUGCUGAGAUUUCCUCUCCUAUUUAA